AUGUCAACCUCCACUCAAGCUAUGUUGGCCCAGGUUCCUGGUGGACUCCGACCGCUGCUUGGUAGCGAAGGCAGCUCCACUGCUGAAGCUGUGUCAUCACAUCCAUCCCUACGUGAAACGUUGGCAUCGUUCAGUCUGCCCACCAGCACGACGAUACGGCGGCUUUACGAUUUACUGCUAGAGCUCGACCAUGAAUGCCUGCGACACGCUACCGAUGGAGCCUUGGAUCCCGCGCAAGACUCGACAUCAGAGGUAGAGUCCGUGGUGGGGUUAUCGAUGUUUCUAUCUGGGUCUCUGAGCCAGUGCGGUUACCCGGGCACAUCUAUGUUCCAAGAAGUCCAACUCCGAGCUCUGAUCUCUUCCCUUGCCCUACUCCAACACAAUGGAGUUCAUACCUUGGAUCCAGAGCUUUACGAUAAGCUUAGGCUCAAAAACAUCUCCGCACGGUUUCAGAAGAUCGCGUUCCAGCUACAGCGCAGCUCGACAUUGGCAGAUUCGAUCCGUUAUGCCCCAAAUCCCUAUCUUAUACAGCUUGCUUCACAAUACGUCUCGUUCAUCAAUCGAGGCGACUCCCCUUGGCCCUCAAUAUUCGGGCCGACCGUGGACAUCUUCUUUUCAGCCUUAUCACUGGGUGGAGGUCAAUACAACCACAUAAGAGAAAUCAUCGGCGGUCUGAACCAAUUCGUUGACAUAUGGCAGAAGCCGCGGACCAAGUACCAAGCACUUUGUGGUUUACAGGAGUAUACCCGGCUAGCGACCAGUCUUUGCCAAGAAUCUGCUAUCGCCGACGAAUCAGGUGAACUGCGGACAGCUGCCACCGCUAUUGUAUCAGCCUUAGUCGACAAAGUGGAUGAGAUCCUGGCCGUGGAGCACGGACAAUUCCCACAAGAAUUAGCAAGACGAUGGCACAAGGCGCUUGCAGUGAUUUCCCGUGGACCCCCAGAUCUGGAUCGGGGGUAUUACUAUUACGGACUAUUGGAUUGCGUUUCCCAAAUUGCCGCUGUUUCGGAUCCACAAAUGUUGGGGAAAGGGUUGCUGAACCGAGUGAAUGGUCUGAUCUUCGACAGCGUUGUACCGGAGUUCCGAUGGAAAGCUAUAGAGAUAUCUUUUUCCUGUCACAGUACUCGCUGGGACCAGUAUCAGAUGUUGAAAAGAGAGAUUGAAACACGAAGUACUGUUGAGACCAAGUCAAAAAUCCUCGAAGAAAUGCGGUUAAUUCGAGCUCAUUUGGAAAGUGACGAAGAAGAGAGCUUGAGACUCCGCGUAUCGCGACCCCUUACACAUGUCUCCCGAAAACCCGUUGCUCGUGGUGGUGGCUUGAGUGGUGAUUUUGGGAUCACAACGAUAUCAUCAAGCCUGACUCCCGGAGAAUCUCCCGUUGGAGAAGUCAAUGCGUCCCGCACGUUAUGCCACGAAAGUGCUCUGACCAGAUCAAUGACUAAAAAUUCUACAAUUUAUUCGCUGCGUUCCGUUCGCAAAUUUAGCAGCUCUUACCACUCCGCCGGCCUAUCAGACGACUGCAGCCACGCGCUCUUUUACAACGAUAGCGAAGUUUCGGUCUAUCGGUUAGGAGAUAUACGAACUAAGGACACGUCGCCAAGCUUCCCCAGGAUCUUCAACCAGCAAUACAAGCACGGGGAGUUCAUUCGAAAUGUCGCCCCAUCCCGGGCAUUCAUUGUCAUAGUUACCAAUAAACGCCUACUUGUUUUCAAAUUUGACGCAGAUACACUGAUUGGUACUGCUUCGCAUGGGGACUGGGACCCCAGCGGACUUGCGUGUCACGAGAGCAAGACUCAUCUGGUGGUUUUUCUUGGUCAAUGUCAGAGAAACAAGACCCAGAAGUACGACGGCCAGAUUAGAGUCUCCAGGUACAGAAUAGACGGUCAAGCUACAAAUAUGCCCGUCUUUGCUCUGAACAUGCCAGCGAACGACUGCCCCAAGAGAAUCACCUUCGAUACAGAAUCGCAGAUCCUUACUUGUAUCACGAGGAUCCAGAACAAGCUCUCUAUAUGGAAGUUGGAUAAUGAGUUCUUUUCAUCAGUAGAGCCAUUUGAGUUCCUGAAAAACAAAUACACAGCGGAGACGAGGGAAACGGGGGUAACUUCCGCUACGGUCUAUCAGUCACCGUCGAAACGACUUUACGUCCUAUGCACGACGGCACCAUCAACAGAACGCUGGCACCAUGAAGGUGAAUGGUCGUUUAUCCUGCUCAUUCCUCCGAAUACGUCCCGACCACAUAUACAUCUCGACAGCAGAGUCCACACUUUCGAGCAGUUAAAAAGCCAUCGCCCUUUGUUUGCAGGCCGUCCAUCAAGUCAACACCACAUCUUCGCGGUCCUGGAGGACUCAGGCAGACUAUCUGUCCUCCGGCUCAACAGACAUGACGACGGUGGCAUUCAUAGCCCGGAUGGGGAUGCUGAAAUCUUGGCGCAUUCUCUCUGCAAGCAGGACAGACCCUUGACUGAUUGCCUACGCUUUGACCCAUCUGGCUCAUUUUUGUUCGCAGUGGAUCCGAAGGGCAAGAUUGUUGUCACGGAAUUCGAGAAGGAAUGA